UUAUUUCACGCACGGGACGGCGAAGUUUGGGCGGAAGAGGCCUCUGUCAGGGGGCGUGUCUGCGCAGCCGCGCUGUAGCCGCCUGCGUUCACGUGUCGGGGAUGGCUGCCGAUCCUCUUCCUCCGUCUGCAAUGGCUCAGCCGGGAGCUCUGAACCUCAAUAACGAGGUUGUGAAGAUGAGAAAAGAAGUGAAGCGAAUCCGAGUUUUGGUCAUCCGAAAACUUGUCAGGAGUGUUAGCAGACUCAAGUCCAAAAAGGGCACUGAAGAUGCACUGUUGAAAAACCAAAGACGAAUCCAAAGGUUGCUUGAAGAAAUCCAGGCCAUGAAGGAAUUGAAACCUGACGUAAUAACUAAAUCAGCUCUUGGUGAUGACAUCAGCUUUGAAAAAACUUGCAAAAAGCCAGAUUCUACUGCAACUGAAAGAGCAAUUGCCAGAUUAGCAGUUCACCCUCUUCUGAAGAAAAAAAUUGAUAUGCUAAAAGCUGCUGUCCAAGCCUUCAAAGAUGCGAGGCAGAAUGCUCCUGAGGCUGAGUCAUCUAAGAAUACUUCAGAAGCAAGCCAGGGUAAGGAUGCUCCAUGUUCAAACGACGAUGCAGACGAGCUACAGCAUCGUGAGAGAACUGUUGUCAGUGAGCAGAAAGGAAAAGACACCAAAACAGUAGCAAAGAAAGCAGGAAGUAAUUCAAAGAAAAAAUUGACCAAGACAGAAUAUGGACCCAAAGCAGUGGCCACUACACAUUCGCCAGGGAAGCCUUCAGGAAAGGGUGCUGUGGUCACCUCUGGACACCAGAAGGCACCUGCUGACCCCAAACAGAAAGCCUUAGCUGAAGCCACAGUGAAGGAGAGUGAUGACAGUGGCAGUGAUGAAGAGUCAAGUGAGGAAGAAAAGGAGUAUUUUGACGACAGCACUGAAGAACGGUUCUACAAACAGUCUUCUGCGUCUGAGGACAGUGACAGUGGUGAUGACUUCUUCAUUGGAAAAGUCAGACGGACACGAAAGAAGGAAUGUGGUUUCCGCUCCUCAGCUAAGGAACAAAAGCCCCUCCCAAAAGUGUCAUCCAAAACAAGUACACUUGAAACCCAUUGGGAUGUCCAAAGUGAUAAACACAAGGUCAUUCCCGGAGCCAGGAAAUUAGAAUCCGUGUUUUUCCACUCGUUAUCUGGACCUAAAAGCUGCAGAAGGGAUCCCAGAGAACAGGCCCCAAAGACUAUAGCCCCAGAUUUUCCAGAAAAUGAACCUCCAAUCAAGAAUCAAUUUUCAAAGCAUGCACAAAGAGGAUUUGGGAGCAUGAAGCAGCAGUUGCAUGCGCCUCUGCAUCCUUCCUGGGAAGCAAGCAGGAGGCGAAAAGAACAACAGUCCAAAAUCACUGUGUUCCAGGGGAAAAAAAUAACAUUUGAUGACUGA